UCCUGACCUGAAUGAAAUGUCUCAUCACUAAUAGUCAAAUUGACAGCUAGCCACAGAUUAACAAGAAUUUAUGAUGUCAACUUUUUUGUGUGAGGUUUUGUUUGAUUUUUGUUUUUACAUGAAAAAAUGUGUUUUUAAUCAUUAUUUUACGUUAAUUUCACAUUGAGCUAAGAAAUCAUACAUCUAUUGAGUGCUACGGAUGUUAUUAGAAGAAUACUUUGCGUAGUUUAGGUGAAAUUCGAACAUUCUUUGUAGUAACAGGUUUGUUUACCUUUUAUGAAGAUCAUUUUUGAACGGACUAUAAAAUAAUGAAUCAAAUACAUUACAUUUACAAGUUUUUACAGUGAACGUCUUAAUCUCUAAACUUGUACAGUAUAAAUAAAAUUAAAUUUAUAAGACCAUAAAAAUUGUUUUAGGUGAGUCUAGAACUCAACAUUGAGGAAAACUUUUUAUCAUCUGAAAAAAGUAGAAAAUUCUAAUAAUGGCUGGUUAUUUCGAAGAAAUGGGUUGGCGAGAGCUAGAAGACGGAGAGCAGCCUAACCACCUCCUCCAUAUGGCAAGGUUCCUCCUAGAUUUCGGCAUGUAUGAUGACAACUUUAGUGGAGAAUGGCCAAGGUUACCACCUCCAGCGUCUAAAGAAGCAGUCAGUGCUUUACCAGAUGUUGAGAUGGACACUGAUAAAAAGAGCUGUCCUAUAUGCCUGAAGAACUUCAAAGUAGGAGAGAAGGCCAAGCAGAUGCCGUGCAACCAUGCUUUCCAUGCUACUUGCAUCCUCACUUGGCUAGACAGGACAAACAGUUGCCCAUUCUGUCGACAUGAGCUGCCUACUGAUGACGAAAAUUACGAAGCUUUCAAGAAGGAGAAGAAACGUGCUGUGCAGAGAAAAGAUGACAUUGAAACCCUGCAUAAUUCCAUGUUCAGUUGAUUACGUUAUCUGUUGUAAUAAUAUUUUUCUUGCGUGAUAUAGACUGCAUUUUUGCUGGUUGUUUCAGGCAUGUAGUGAAAUCUGUAAACAUAUUUCAGGCAAUUGGGUUUGACAUUUGUGAUAAAAAUGCACUACAAAUUUGUACUUUGAAGACUUGAGGCAUUGCCUAUUCCGGUAUUUGUUUAGGUUAUUGUACACAUAUUAUAUUAGUGUUUGUGGUGUAUGGGAAUUAAUUUAAUAAUGAAUUUCAAAAAUAGGUAAUAUUACCAGUUGAUAUUUGUAUAUAACUAAUAGUGUAUGUACAGCACAGUUGGAUUUUUUUAUCUUUAUAUCUAUACCUUAAAGUUACCUGUAUUAGGCUGGUUUUCUCUUCGCGGAAUGGAAGGUCAGACAGGUAGUCGCUUCUGUAAAAAACCGGACCUGUCAAAUGUUCAGGUUAGGUAAGCGGGUCCUGCGAAAAACAAGGGAGAUGAGGAUGAUGAUAUCUAUACCUUAAAAUAUAUAUCAUCAUAUUUAUCGGGUAGUUUCGUCGCAAUUCCAAUUCUGUUACCUAUUAUUAUUUAUUAUUUAUUAAAAAUAAGCACAGUACUUAAUACAUUUUUUUACAAUUGACGGUGCAACAAAAACCACCUGUUGCAUGUUAGUAUGCAACAAGAUAUUUAUUUCUAAAUGUUUUUCUUUUUAAAUUAUUUUUUAAUGGGGAAUGUUCUAGGCUACCUUUUAACCUUCUAAUUUCAUGGAUAACAGACAUCCAUCUUUUAUCUUUGUUGGGAUCCUUGUUAUUAUACCGAGGCACAACACAUCUUCCACCCAUUAUUAUCAAAAUAAAGAGAAGCAAUAUAGGUAAUUAGGUAGCAACUAGCAACGUAAUUCUAUACCUUAUCUGAUCCAAAUAUCAAGUAUCAAAUAUUCAUAAUAUUUUGAAAUGAUUAUGUACCUUAAAAGAAAGGGUAAUUAUAACGUUAAAUCAACAACUCCAUCUAUAUUUUUUUGGGGAAGGUAGCCUGGAAAGUCCUUCAUUGUAGGUGUUUAUGAAACUAUUAUACCACUUAUAAUGUAGCAUGAUUAAAAUAACAGUAGGACAGAGAUAGUAUCGCCUAGUGCGAAAGUGACGAGAGAUGUCUCUUUCGCACUAACGGUAUACAGCUUAGUAUAAAUAGACGUGAGAUGUUACUAGUCAUGCUGCUUUAUAAGGGGUACCAUAGCCUCUUCCAUUAUGAAAGGGUAUUUGGUUAGUGCAGGCGGUCUUCUAGGGAGACCUAAUUAUUUUGCGUUUACAUUUCGAUUGAUGUGCGAUCGAAGCCGUUUUUGUGGUUGCAUUGCUUAUGAAUUUAUUAGCAUUCCACCCUAUGUUUGUUUUUAUUUACAAUAAAAUGAUAAGUAAAAAAUAUAUUUUAUUUAAAUUGUGAAAUGA